AUGUUAGACGAUGCUCAUAAAUAGAAGCUAAGUAAAAGUGUGAUAGGUAGAGAAGAAGGCUUGAUAUCAAAGAGAAUUAGAUCCAAAGAAUAUGAAAGAAAAACCUUUAAUGACAUUUAUUUUUAUGAUUGCAAUUUAAAUUAACAAUUGUUUAAUAGAAAUUAAUUUAAGUGUGUCUCCAUGGAGAUCGUGGAUUUUUGUAAGAAUUUAACAAAUUUACAUUGUUCUAAUAUUUAGAUUUAUAGUCAUUAUAUCGUCAUUAAUAAAAAUUUCUUAAUUUUACUGAUGUUUUCAUUGAAUUACGAGCCACAAAUAAGAAAACCUUCUGAUGCUACUGCUAUCUUUUAAUGCUAUCCUAUAGAUCAAGAAUUUGAGCAAUGUUCCGAGGACUUUCCACCUCCUGCCCUUUUAAAAUACUACAAUAUUUCGGAAUAAUAGUUGUUUUACAACGAGAAUAUGUAAGAUGCUAUUGUUUAGGAAUAAGAAUUUGGAAUUUCUAUAAAUAGUAAUUAAGGAAUAGAGAAGCUUUAAACAACUAAUUUCUAGCAACUCGAAUAAAGCAAUACAAAUAUUUAGAGCAAUAACUUAAAGGAAAAGAGAAAUCGACGAACGACACAUUAUAGAGAAUUUUUUGAUAAAGAUUUAGAUGAACAUAAUUUAAACAAUUCACCUUGUAAAUGCAGUAAAUCACAUUGCUUAAAGUUGUAUUGUGCUUGUUUCCAUAGAAAUAUUGAAUGUUCUGAGUUGUGCUAAUGUCAUGAUUGCCAUAAUAAAUCAGAUUAUUCUUAAAUCAGAACUUAGGCUUUAGAGAAAGUUAAAGUAAAAUAAUAGAGAAGAAAACAUGACGAUGAUUUAUUUGAUAAGGAUACUGUGUGGGGAUGCUAAUGCAGAAAAUCAUAAUGCAAAAAAAAUUAUUGCGAGUGUUUCAUUAGAAAUAAAAAAUGCUCAUCUCUUUGUAAAUGCAAUAAUUGUGAGAAUAAAAGGAGAGUGCCAAAUAUCAAAAAAAUAAUCAAAUGCGAAAAUUGA